GUGACAUAGUCUCACGUGGAUAUAACAAAAUAGUAACUGCAACAAUUCACCAACAAAGAUAUGCCAAAUAGUGACUAGAAACUAGGCUUCCGCACGCGGUCAAAAGUAAGAACGCCUCCCUCGAGCAAAUACCAGUACGCGCAAAGGAGCAAGGGAAGUUUAGUUCUUACGUGAGGCAUACUGCCAUACUGUAGACAGUGGAGUUUGCGCUAUAACUACAUUUCCUAGGUUUCUUGGUUGCUCUGUCAUAGCCGCAACUGCCGGGUUUAAAAUAACUUCGCCAUUAGCAAAUAAGGAUUAUAACCGAUCAGCGUACAAUUGUUAUAUUUUAAUUUAUAUUACUUUGAAUAUUAACAAAUUGGUGAAUUCCGAACAUCUUUUUGUAUUAGUUGGUUUCUUAAAAGGUGAGUUGCAUUUUAAAGAUGGCAUCAGAGGAUAUUGCACGUUUGGCUGAGACUUUGGCUAGCACUCAAGUUGGAGGUGGAGAGCUUAGCUUUAAGGGUGAAGGACGAAAAAUUGACACAGCUGAAGAUGCUGAAGAAAUUGUGAAAGAAAUUGAAAAGUUUGAAGGACUGCAUUCCUUACGCUUGGGAGGCAACACAGUGGGAGUUGAAGCAGCAAAAGCCAUUGCCACAGCUUUGGAAAAGAAACCAGAAUUAAAGAAUUGUUACUGGAGUGACAUGUUCACUGGAAGGCUGAGGUCUGAAAUCCCUAUUGCACUGGAACUUAAUUUGUCUUUUGGUGAGAUUAAACGUAAUGCAGCAGUGGCUGUAGCUGAAGCUGUGGAAGGAAAAACAGAAUUAGAGAAACUAGAUCUCAAUGGUAAUUGUCUUGGAGAUGAUGGUUGUGAACAGGUACGAGAAGCUUUAGAGAAUUUCAAUAUGGGAACGAUUCUAGGAUCUUUGAGUGAAGAUGAGGAAGAAGAUGAGGAUGAAGAAAUUGAAGAGGAGGAAGAUGAAGAUGAGGAGGAGGAAGAUGACGAAGAGGAGGAGGAGGAGGAACAAGAAGAAUGUGAAGCAGAAGAUGAUGAGUGUGAAGAUGAUUUGGAAUCCACAGAAAAGACGACGGAAUUGAAAGGGAUUGAACCUGCUGCUAUAAAAAUAAUAUCCCCACAUUCUAAAGAGGAUGCAUCAUCCUUCUUGGAUUUCCCAUCUCCUGAUAAGCUGCUAAAACUGGGGCCUAAGAGAGGCAUUUUAAUAACACAACAAAUAGAUUUAUGCAAUGAGGAAAAAGUUGUGCAGUUAUUUUUAAAGACCACGUCUGUUUACAAGGAUGAUAAUGCUGUUAAAACAGCAGUCGAGGACACAAUAGAUACUUUACUGGACAAAGCCUUUAGUUCUUCAAAAUUCAAUACACAUAUGUUUCUUACUACCCUGUUAGUUCAUAUGGGGUUGCUGAAGAGUGAAGAAAAAAUCAAACCUGUCCCCAGUCUUAAUGGACCAUUGAUGGCACUUAAUCAUGCAGUUCAGCAGAAGUAUUUCCCAAAUUCAUUGCUGCCAAUACUGUUAGCAUUUGUAACAAAGCCAAAUAAAGCACUGGAUUCCUGCUCGUUAGCACGACAUACACUACUGCAGACUCUGUAUCAUUAAACCUUUCAGCAGAUGAAAUAUUCAACAUGACAAACGCUCUUAAUCCACACAUCAGGAAAAUAAAUACUUCAGGAAUGAACUGCCUAGAAAGGGAGAUUUUCCAGUAGCUAGGAUUUUGUUUCUGUUGUGGAUAUCUGCUGCUUCUAUAAAGGAUUAAACUAUUUUUAUUUCUAUCAGCAAACAGUUUGUCAGCUGUUUAGUGAGACUCUGACAGCUGGCUUUUUCAUCCAAGGUUCAUAGUCUUACUGCCUGAUCCCAUAUUCCUUCAAAUCUGUUGAGUAAUUUUCUGGAAAAAGUUAUCUGGGAUUCGUGAUUUGAGAAUGCUUUAAAUGGGUGUACGUUUACAUUUGAAGUUAAUGUAACCUACUUACUGCAGUUUGGUCAUGGUACUUUACAGCAGCCUGUGGUGGCGGUUUGUGUUAAGGGUUGUUGAUUUUUUUCAGCAGAAUUGUGGACUUUGGAUAAUGUGCCUCAAUUUCUUCUUAUGACCUAGUAUUUUAUUCUGAAAUGUGCAUAUUUUUUUAAAUUAAAAUAUUUUAUGUUAAAAAUGUAAAAAAUUAUCUGGGUACAUAAGUUGAGAUAGAACAGCUUGUGAAGUGGUAAGCUUCCUUAUUUAGCAGCAGGAUCAUCUGGUAGAUCUCCCUGUCCUUUAGAGAGAUUUGUAACAUCUCCUUGGGAUACCAGCUUCAGUUUUAUGGAGAGGUAAAACAUUUGCUCAUAAGUAGGCACUUCGUACUUUAUUGCAUUAGUCAGCAAGUCAUUUUUUUCUUGAAUCAAGAAUGUUUCACUUUGAUGUAAUAUAGUAUGCCAUAAGUUGCUUACAUGACUAGAGAGUUCCCAAGCACCAGUACCAAAUAUUAGAUCAGAAAGUAAUAAAAUGAUGAAAACAGA